AGCAGGCAGGGAAACAGAAACACACCUCGGCAGAGCAGGCAGGGAAACAGAAAUACACCUCAGCAGAGCAGGCAGGGAAACAGAAACACACCUCAGCAGAGCAGGCAGGGAAACAGAAAAACACCUCAGCAGAGCAGGCAGGGAAACAGAAACACACCCUAGCAGAGCAGGCAGGAAACAGAAACACACUCUGCAGAGCAGGCAGGAAACAGAAACACACCUCUGCAGAGCAGGCAGGGAAACAGAAGCUGCACCUCAGCAGAGCAGGCAGGGAAACAGAGAAAAACACCUCAGCAGAGCAGGCAGGGAAACAGAAACACACCUCAGCAGAGCAGGCAGGGAAACAGAAAAACACACCAGCAGAGCAGGCAGGGAAACAGAAACACACCCUCAGCAGAGCAGGCAGGGAAACAGAAACACACCUCAACAGAGCAGGCAGGAAACAGAAACACACCUCAGCAGAGCAGGCAGGAAACAGAAACACACCUCAGCAGAGCAGGCAGGGAAACAGAAACACACCAGCAGAGCUGGCAGGGAAACAGAAACACACCUCAGCAGAGCAGGCGAAACAGAAAACACCUCAACAGAGCAGGCAGGGAACAGAAACACACCUCAGCAGAGCAGGCAGGGAAACAGAAACACACUCAGCAGAGCAGGCAGGGAAACAGAAAACACCUCAGCAGAGCAGGUGCAGGGAAACAGAAAACACACCUCAUGAGCAGGCAGGGAAACAGAAACACACAGCAGAGUUAGGCAGGGGAAACAGAAACACACACUCAGCAGAGCACGCAGACGGAAAUAGAAACACACCUCAGCAGAGCAGGACACGACAGAAACACACCUCAGCAGAGCAGACGGAAACAGAAAUACCUCAGCAGAGCAGGCAGGGAAACAGAAACACACCUAGGCAGAACAGGCAGGGAAACAGAAAUACACCUCAGCAGAGCAGGCAGGAAACAGAAACACACCUCAAGAGCAGGCAGGAAACAGAAAACACCUCAGCAGAGCAGGCAGGGAAACAGAAAAACACCUCAGCAGAGCAGGCAGGGAAACAGAAACACACCUCAGCAGAGCAGGCAGGGAAACAGAAACACACCUCUGCAGAGCAGGCAGGGAAACAGAAACACACCUCUGCAGAGCAGGCAGGGAAACAGAAACACACCUCAGCAGAGCAGGCAGGGAAACAGAAACACACCUCAGCAGAGCAGGCAGGGAAACAGAAAUACACCUCAGCAGAGCAGGCAGGGAAACAGAAACACACCUCAGCAGAGCAGGCAGGGAAACAGAAACACACCUCAGCAGAGCAGGCAGGGAAACAGAAACACACCUCAGCAGAGCAGGCAGGGAAACAGAAAAACACCUCAGCAGAGCAGGCAGGGAAACAGAAAAACACCUCAGCAGAGCAGGCAGGGAAACAGAAACACACCUCAGCAGAGCAGGCAGGGAAACAGAAACACACCUCGGCAGAGCUGGCAGGGAAACAGAAACACACCUCAGCAGAGCAG